AAAAGAGUUGACAUGUCAAUUUGUCAAGUAAAUUGUCAGUCUUUGAUAAAUUGCUAAAGAGUUUGGAGUUCAAAAAAUCAACAAAAAUAAAAAUUCCUAGGAAAAUGAAGGCAUCAGUUACACGCUCCGUUUAUCGUUAUAUUAUUCAAUAGCCACGGCUAAUAAUGCAUACCAAUAGUGUAGGCGCUAAGCUGCAAUUAAAAUCUGCAGUGAAGAACUACGUUUGUUGACUGUAAGAAACUGAAUUCUAGAAAAGGAAAUCAGAGAGUGAUGUCGGCACCAUCAGUGCGAACAGCUGCGAAGUAUGCACGGGUGCUACAGAGGUGGGCGCGCUCGUCCUCCGUCUCCUUGAAACGAUUUUCCGGGGCUGUUUGUGAGGCCUGCAAUGAGGAGCAGCGAUGGCGGCAGACGAGAAGCACUCCUUUUAUUACUGCGGCUGGCGUGAUAACUGUGGCGCUGGUGGCCGCUGACCAUGUAUAUAACGAAAAAAGAUUCUUCAAAGCAGCACGGCUGGGUAAUGUACAGGAAUUGAAGAAGCAAGUGGAAGCUCUAAUCGAGAGCGGCGAGCGCGCGCGCGGCGACGAGUCGGGCGGCGGCGCGGCGGACCGGCGGCACGCGCUGGGCUGGACCGCGCUCAUGGCCGCCGCCGCCAACGACCGCGCCGCCGCCGUGCAGGAGCUGCUCAAGCUCGGGGCGCGGCCCGACCUGCCCGAGCAGUACGCCGGCGCUGCUGCCGCUGCUGCCAGCGCGGGGCUGCAUCCGCUAGAUGCCCUACAACGGCGCGAAGACGAAUUCUGCGCCUCCAUGAACGCCCGCGCGUCCUUCCUCGGCUGGACGGCGCUGCACUACGCGGCGCUGGCGGACUCGGCGGGCGCGGCGCGCGCGCUGCUGGAGGCGGGCGCCGACCCCACGGCGCGCGACCACGCCGGCCGCCGCGCGCUGCACUACGCGCGCGAGCCCUCGCCCGCCCGCGACCUCAUCGUGGACCACACCAGGCGCUGGGAGCGGGCCAAGGAGGCAGCAGCAGCCGAAGAACGCCGCCGCUUCCCACUCGAGCAGCGUCUCCGCCAGUUCAUCGUGGGCCAACAAGCCGCCAUCGAGACCGUGGCGGCCGCCGUGCGCCGCAAAGAGAACGGCUGGGCGGACGAGGAGCACCCGCUCGUGUUCCUCUUCCUCGGCAGCUCCGGCAUCGGGAAGACGGAGCUGGCCAAGCAGCUGGCAAGAUACAUGCACCGCGACGACCCGGCGGCGUUCAUCCGCCUGGACAUGUCGGAGUACCAGGAGAAGCACGAGGUGGCCAAGCUCAUCGGCGCGCCGCCCGGCUACGUGGGCCACGAGGAGGGCGGGCAGCUCACGCGCGCGCUGGCCAGGCGGGCCGACGCUGUGGUCCUGUUCGACGAGGUGGACAAGGCGCACCCGGAUGUGCUCACGGUGCUGCUGCAGCUGUUUGAUGAGGGCAGACUAACAGACGGCAAGGGCAAAUUGAUCGAGUGCAAGAACGCGAUCUUCGUGAUGACCUCGAACCUGGCGUCGGACGAGAUCGCGCAGCACGGGCUGCAGCUGCGGCGCGAGGCGGAGGCUCGCCUGGCGCAGCGGGCGCGCCUGCCCGGGGACCAGCCCGAGACACAAGAAACCCGUGUAGAAGCGCUAUCAGAAUCUCCGAACCCCGAGGAAACUCUAGAAGUGUCCAGACAUUUCAAAGACAACGUGGUGCGGCCGAUCCUCAAACGGCACUUCGGCAGGGACGAGUUCCUGGGCAGGAUCAACGAGAUCGUGUACUUCCUGCCCUUCUCCAGACAGGAGCUGCUGACCUUGGUCAAUAUGGAGCUCAAGAGAUGGGCGGAUAAGGGGAAUCCCCGCAGGCGCGCUGCCGGCACGCGGUGGAGCUGCGCUGGGAGGGCGGCGUGCUGGGCGCGCUGGCCGACGGCUACGACGUGCACUACGGCGCGCGCUCCAUACAGCACGAGGUGGAGCGGCGUGUAGUGAACCAAAUCGCUCUGGCAGCAGAAAGGGGAGCCCUAGGUAGGGGCUGCGGGGUGCUACUUCUAGAACGCGGGGGCAGAGUCGCCUUGGCGGUGAGGAGGCCCGCCGAUACUGACUACACGCCGCUAGACCUCGCUGCAGUAUAGACAAUACUUUAUAGCAAUCAAUCAUCAUUAUUAGGUGUAUAUUACACGCAACCAAUGUUACCAAAACGUUAAUAAAUUAUUUUACAAUGUU